CCUGUUAUGAUUGGAAGCCAUCGAAGCAGGCCUAUUGUUUGAGGGAAGGAAUCACACAACUAUAUGGGCCACAUUCUCGAGGAUGGGCUGUCUCUCUCUCUCUCUCUCUCUCUCUCUCUCUCUCUCUCUCUCUCUCUCUCUCUCUCUCUAGCUAUGCCGGGAUGGUUCACGUUGUUGGACCCAGCCAAGUCUACGACCCGACCUCGGCUCCGACCAUGCCGGCCUCCGCUGCACCGCACCCCGUCGUCGCCAUGCCGCUGCAUGCUCCUCGAUCGCCGCCCCGAUCACCUCUGACCGACGACCCGGCCUGCGCUCCGCUGCGCUGCUGCUCCUCACCGCCGUGCCUUUAUAACUGACGAUGGCACGCCGCGUCGUCCUUGCAGCCGCAGCAGGCAGCGUCGUCACCUGAACCAGGCGUCGAAGUAGCUAGCAGCCAGCAGCCCCUGCGCGCGAGCCGUCGCCGUCGUCCGUCAUGGCGGACGUGCUGGUGGACUCCCAGCGCCGCGUCCUCAUCAGCGGAUACGGGUACGGCCUCCCCCCGCCGCAGCCUGCAGAGAGCCUGCUGCUCGGCCGCCUCGACCAGAUCGACCUCCGGCUGCGGCAGCUGGAGGAGCAGCAGCAGCAGCGCCGCCCGUCGCACGACGAUCAUGGCGCGCCCGCCCCGGCCCCGGCCCCGACCCGCCGCGCGCCGGCGGCGCAGCACCAGCACACCAAGUCCAUGCCGGCGGCGCUGCAGCACGUGCAGGUGCGGGGCGACCUCAUGGACCGCCUCAACCUGCUGGAGUCCCGCAUCAGGCAGGUCAGCUGCGAGCUGGGCCUGGACAGCGGCGGCGGCAAGGCCGUCCAUCCCCAGUUCGGGCUGGGGCUAGGUCUGGGAUCCUCCUCGUCCGUGCCGGCAGUCGAGGAUCCCGCCACGUGGUCCGACUCCGCGCCGGUGGCGGUGGUGGACCCAGCGUUCGGCGGCGGCAAGGUGCAGAACAAGCCCGCGGCGGCCGGCGGGAGCUGGAGCGCCGUGGAGAUCCUGCAGCGGGGCGCGCGCCAGCUCCACCGCAGCACCAGCAAGCCCAACCCACCCAUCAAGGUGAACAAAUUGAAAGAAGCGAAAUCCGCGUGCGAGAAGGAGAAGAGGAAGGCGGAGCGCAGCAAGUCUCUGACGAAGGCGGAACGCAGCAAGUCGCUGACGAGCAGGCUGUGGCUCAUGGUUGGAUGUAAGCAUUAGUUGGAUGCUGAAAAAGUGAAAAAAAUUGCCAAUAACAAGCAUGGGAUGAACUGAUCUUUACAUAUAUGUUUUUGUAAUUUUUGUUUCUACUCUGAUUUGAUCUACUUCCGUCCAAUCAUUAGCUGUACACAGGUCUGUAUGGGUUUCAGAGUAUUAGUACCACUUCGAUAGAAUUCCCGAUUCAGUUUGCUUCGUGAUGAUAACAAUGUCAGAUACUCACAUAUUUUCACUUC